AUGUCAAAAUCUGUUACCAGAUUUUUAAAGAAAUCUCUUAUUGGGGAAGGAAAUUUUGGCCAAGUAUUUUUAGCUCUUGACCAAGAGACAAGUGUUCAUGUUGCCCUUAAAAUAGAAUCAUCAAAUGACACCUCAUGCCAGCUAAUAAACGAGGCUACAGUCCUUAAAAAUAUUCAAGGAGGAGUAGGGAUCCCUAAGUUUAUAACAUCUGGACAGAGUGGGGAUAGGAACUAUUUAGCAAUUGAACUGCUCGGGCCAAGUUUAGAAGACAAAUUUCUGGAAAAUGACAAAAAAUUUGCAGUAGCUGUCAUUCUUGACCUAGGUGAACAGAUCCUAAGCCGCCUGCAAUAUCUCCACAGCAAGCAAUAUAUUCAUCGUGAUAUAAAACCUAGACAAUUUUUAUUAGGUCCCGCAGAAGACCCGUCCACAAUUUAUUUAAUUGAUUAUGGCUUGACAAAAUCCUAUAUCAUUGAAAAAUCGAAUGCUCAUAUUCCCUAUAUGGAAAAUAGACCAUUUGUAGGGACUGCUUAUUUUGCUUCUCUAAAUACUCAUCAAGGAAUUGAACAGAGCCGAAGAGAUGACUUAAUCCCCCCUCCGUGAGUGAACAAAACCAUUAGAAAAAUCCCUAUUUUUUGCCCAAAACCCCACCCCCCGUGAGUGAACAAAAAUAUUUUUAAUAGAAAAAUUUUUUAUGGAAAAAAAUUUUGAUAUAUAAGUGAUAAUUAGUAUAAAGAAAAUCGAGCUAAUUCUUUUUAAAUUUAAACAAAUUGCGUUUUAAAACAUAAAUUUUAUAAAUUAAAUUAAUAUUUGCUUUCCAAUUUUUGCGAAUUAGGAUCUUUUUAAAUUUUGAAAAAAAAUAUUUUCUAUAAAAUUUAUAUAUAAUUUUUUUUUAAAAAAAAAAAAUAAACCCCCUCCGUGAGUGAACAAAAUUUUUUUGUUCACUCACGGAGGGCGGGGAGUUAGAAUCUUUCUGCUAUAUUUUAGCUUAUUUUUGCAGUGGAGAAUUACCAUGGAUGCCAAAAAUUAAAAUAAAAACCACAGAAACCAAAAUUUUAGUCAAGAAAAUGACCUCUUCGCCAAUUGAUUUAUUUAAAGAAGCUCCUAGUGAGUUUUUGCAAAUAAUGAUUUAUGUAAAGAGCCUACAGUUUGAAGAGAAGCCAAAUUAUGAAUAUUCUUGACAGAAUAACUUGAUUAAUAAGAAUUUUUAUAAAAAAUAUUUUUUUUUAAUUUAUUGAAAAAAACAUAUAUGAAUUCUCUUUUCCAAGCGGCAAAAAGAAGAGAAAACAUUAAUGGCCAUACCCUUAAUUGGUCAAUUUCUACAGAAAACAACUUUGAAAGACACAAGAUGACACAUCUCAGCACUAAUUCAAAAAGUGGCCUUAAAAACAAGAUAAGAAAAAAUAAGAGAAGCAUGAGUCAUAAAUUGAAACGCAGCAGGAAAAAGACAAAUGGCUUAGCUGCAGACAGUAUAAUUGUAUCAAAGUCGUGUUUAAAACAAAUUCAAAGUUUUAUUCAGACAAGUGAUUAUGAUUUUUCUAAGACGCUUGAGAUUAAAGAAAUGCCUGAGUUUAAAAAUAGAGAUAUUUUACUAAAAAAAAUAGGGAGUGCUAUGAAGGUGCAGCAAUUUUUAUCUUACUUGCUUACUUAAAUUUAUGCGUUUAACGUCCCUAGGGGGUUGGCAUGUCCAGACCUUUCGCUCACUUUUCAAGUCAUCGGACCAACAGGCCUCUGGGACGAACUGCUUUGAUCUCCAGAACACGCUUGGAGCAAGGGUUGCUGGCUUCGACAGCUCAUGGAUGCUACUUCCUUUGUAACGUGAGUUUCCUGCACAAAAAACCCAAAAAAUGGAUUUUCUGGCCGACUGUCGACAAAAGCACGUAACCUUGCAGAUAUAAUUAAAAUAUGUGUUCGAAGCUGCAUGUUCGGGACACCUGCUCUGGUUGAGAAGCCAUAUUUUAAUUAUGCAGCAAUUUUUAUCAAUACCCAAAUCUCGCACUGAAGAUAUUGAUAAUUUGGAUAAUCAUAAAAUCGCGAGUGAAGAACCCAGUGCAAAAUCAGCUUGCGAACAAACAAAUUGCAAAUUGUUUUAG